AGUAGAGAACUGCGGGUUGGCAACCAUCACAAAGAGAAAGCAGUUUCUGUUCUAAGGUUCUUGCUGCUGCGUACAUUUCCACUCUUCCCGUUGUGACAGGCUGCGCGUCGCUGCCCGUGUCCCGUCUUCUCAAAGACAAGCAGAGAUUGUUGCUGCGACCACGGUCGUCACGAUGCACGAAGAAUCCUGUAGCAAAGGAGAUGCUGUGGGCGAGCGGGGAGGAGACGGCGAGGACUGCCGGGUGGCGCCUCUGGAGCCGCAGAACCCUCGUGCCCAGCUGUUGUCGUCCCUCAAGAGCUCAGUCUUCAUCCUGGGCACGGCCAUCGUCAUGCUGGUGGCCUUUCGCAACACGCUCACCUGGCAUCUGCAGAGAUUCUGGGGAGCCUCUGGGAACUUCUGGCAGGGCCAGUGGGACAAGGUGGAGGCCUUUUUUGCCGGAGACGAGUUCGCCAUGGGGGUCUGGGGCACCUUUGCUGUGACCUUCAUGGUGUACUGGGUGGUAGGUGGUCUGUACACCAUAAUGGACCUGACGGGAAAGCCUUCCUUCCUGCUGCGCUACAAGAUACAGGACAGUGCACCUUACCCCGUGGCCGGCCGGCGUGUGGGGCAGGUGGUGCUGCAGGUGCUGUUCAACCAGGUGGUUGUGGGCCUACCCUUUGGGUUGUUGGCCCACCACCUGCUCCUCCUCAGGGGCUACAACCGGUCGGGGGAGCUGCCCACCUUCCACUGGGUGGUCUUCGAGCUCACCGUCUGCAUCCUGGUCGAGGAGGCCGGCUUCUACUACUCCCACAGGCUGCUUCACCACCCGCGGCUAUACAAGCACGUGCACAAGCAACACCACGAGUGGACAGCGCCCAUCGCCAUCACGGCGGUGUACUGCCACCCACUGGAGCACCUGUUCUCGAAUCUGAUGCCGCCCCUGCUCGGGGUGCUGCUGCUGGGCUCGCACACAGCCACGGCCUGGCUCUGGUUCACCCUGGCCAUCCUGUCGACCCUCAACGCCCACUCAGGCUUCCACUUCCCCCUCCUGCCCUCCCCGGAAGCACACGACUACCACCACCUCAAGUUCACGCAGAACUACGGGGUGCUGGGGGUCCUUGACCGGCUGCACGGCACGGACAACCAGUUCCGCCAGACCAAGGCGUACCGGCGCCACCUGCUGCUGCUCAGCCUCGUGCCCCUCAGGGAGCUGUACCCGGAGAACAGCAAGCGCAAGGACUCCUAACUGCACCCGAGGGAAGGCAGUUCCACGGACAAGAGGGCCACAAGAGGGCAGCCCCCUCGGAAGGGCCCCCCAUGGGACACCUCCCCCCACUCCGGACCACGAGCUUCUUUGGACUCAUCCCUCACCGGGCAGCCUUCGGCCCCGCUUUGCUUGCCUGCCCGUGCGGGAGCAUUCGCGCACCUUACGGACAGCCUCCCGCGACUCUGUUGUCGGCUUUGUGCCGGGCUCUUUUUCCAGUCUUUUUAAGCACCGUCGAAAGUAAGGACGAAGCUACGGUUUCAGGGACGCGUCUCCGACUGGUGCUUAAAGGGUGUCCUCAAGCGUGGUUUCUGAACAUCUUCCCAAGGACGUCGUAGCAGCGCCGGCAUGUUGCCUGGCGCAGGUCGCUCCCCAGUUCGAAUGUGAACGGAACCUUGGGCAGCUAGGAGUUGGGCCUGACGUACUGGGAUCCGCAACAUCGCUUGUCACCACUUUUGGACCACUUUUGAAGCUUGGGCAAGGUUGGACGACAAACGCACCAGUCCGAGACGCGUUCCAAUUGCCGUAGUCGGGAACGGGAAAUGUGGCGCUUUAGUUCGAAUGGGGGUUGCCGGCACCAUACUUCUGGCACAAGGUACUGUGCUGCGAUUUGCUAUGGUUUGCACUGUUGCGACGACUCGGGGGCGAGAGAUGCGGCGAUGGCAGUAGGAGGGAUUCAUUUAACUUUUUUUUUCCCGAUACGCGCAUCUUCUCGAUAAUCGGUAGAUAUUGGUACGCCUUGACGUUGUGUUGCCAGGAUCUGCACCAGGUUUCUCCAAGUUGGGGGUGUGCUCGACCCAAAAGGUGCUGGUGUGCAAGAAAGCAGUCACCUCCUCCACACGACAGCGGGCACAUUUGGGACUCGCACACCUUCAAAGCUCGGAGGCUGCUCCCAUCCUGCUCCAGGACCAGGAUUCAGUCUUGGUCGCCUCUGAAAUUAGAAGACGGUUUGAGAAAGUUUCAUGUCUAUGUGCACCUUGGGGACUAUCCCAAACAAAUUAAGCCCCUCUGGUUCCAUUCAAAGUUGGGAUUCCCCGUUCAGGGUGUUGUACGAAAUUUCAGCUCGGCAUUUGGAGGAUCAUGCGUGGAAACGCAUCUGCGAAAAAACAAUAUUGUUUUUCUUUUAUUUUGGUAGGUUAACGUUCCUUUGUGCCCACAGUCGACUUCCUUUAUUUUGACGUGGGCCGCCUCGGUGGCUCCGAGGCGAGAGCGCCGGCCUACGGGUCCCCAUGUGGCAAGUUCGAAUCCCGGCCGAGGUGCCCGCAAUCUGAUGGAGGCUUAUUGCGGAGAAAGCGCCGUGUAACCGAGCUUUCGGUUGCACGUCAAAAGAUCCCCAGGUGGUCGAAAUUAAUCCUCAGUCCUCCGCUGGGGCGUGCCAGAUGCCCGCCACUGGUUUGGCACAUAAAACCUCCAAAUUUGACUUUUUUUAUUUGGACGCGGACGUAGCGUGCCUAAUCGAUUAAAAUUAUCCAACAUAUAAAUUGAAAAAUGCUCAGAAAAUUUUCAUCAAAGCUGCAAUGCAGCUUCGACAUCGGGGUGCCGACACAAGUACUACAGUUACCAGCAAAACGAGAGGGCUUUGUGGUAAUUUCAUUUGAUAGAAUAUUACAGGUCAUCUAAGACAUGAUUAGGAGAGUCUCCAAAGAAUGAGCAAGAAUGAAACCCAGUAUGGCAGAAAAAAUAGUUCAAGGGGGAGGGAAAAUAAAGGAUUCACAAAUCGAGUAAACAGGGUCUAAACGAUGCAGUAUACUGGAAACGAAAUAAAACAUCAAGCAGCACGAGUCUUUAUCAUAGUGUCAAAAGCAACAUGAUCAAAGUGAAUCAAUCGGUGGCGUACAUGGGGGUGGGGACCGGCCUAUUCCCGAAAUUUGCAGGCUGGUAGGGGAAGGAUUGGGAUCCAUCCAAACAAAAGAAUGAUGAAAGAACCAGCAUCGCUCAGUUUUUCUGUUUGGACGUUUCGAAUGUUAAUCACCGCCGAGCCUCGUCCUUCUGUCGCUCAUUGUUAGAAAAUGGAAGGUUAUCACCAUUUUGAAGGAAGGCAGAAAUGCAGCAAUAUACAAUUGACACAAAAUGAAGUUCCUACCGAAAGCAAACGCUCUUCUCUCAUGCUCCUUUCUUCUUUCUCUUUCUUUAUUAUGCGCCACCUCCGACGAGUUAGCUCAGUGGUUCAUUCAAGUUCAGAGCACGUGCCUUUCUUCCUUUGUUUUUCUUUUUUUUCUGACCUUCCACAGCUACAAAAGAAACACCGACCCGUUCCGCCUUCGUUUUGCAACCCUAGCUGGCCACCUGGACCACCUCUCUUCUGCUUAGGGCAGGGGGUGCGAUAUGCUGCUUUUGUUUGUUGCAUGCAUGUUCGUGCUGCCGGUCAGCGGAGCACACGGUUGACUUCGUAGUAACCGUGUGCAUGCUCAUUUUUAUUUUUUGGCACAGUCCUGCUUUCUUUCUACGGUAUGGACAGGGUAAAGGCGUUAGUUCACAAAAUGUCGGCACCACUCUAGCCCCUCUCUAAAAUUUGCCCUCCUCCCGAAUCCUGCCGCCCAAAGCUUUAGGCAGCGAGUACGUCACUGAAGUUUCGGUUGAGAACUUUCGCUGUGAAGUGUGCAGGCGGCUUGAAUAUUCCCACUCAGAAGUUGCACAUUCUUGUGUCUAUCAUAUCGGUACGAUUUCAAGAAGGGUGCAUAUUGGAAGACAUUGACAGUUUUGGCCAUCAUACAGCAACAAAAAGGACACUGCUGGACAUAUGGUUGCGGAAUCCCAAGUAAGGGGCUGUUGGGAAGGAAAAGCCACAAGAAAUUUCGGGAAACGUCGGGAAUGCAGCAGUAGAGAAUCUUGAACGAGGGACCAGCCAAAAACCCGAAAAAUCUCGUAAGCGCUAGGCAGCACUACACUGAAGUCCUGAAAUGAAGUUAGUGUGGGUGAAAAGUUUGAGAGUAAGGAGUUCAGUCAUUAAUACUAGGAGGAAAGAGGCUGUAUUUCAUCAUGUAACUGCAAGCAAAGAUGGGGGGGGUUAGGGAAAUUGGAUGCCUUUGCUGCAAGCUUCACUUGGAGCUUGCGUAACUGCUCCCAAAGGAAUGCAGAAGUCAUCCCAGCCUUAUUGGCAGCAUGGUUUUCCAACAAUGAGUGCAACAGUCUUGGCACUUCCGAUGCACCUGGGCUUUUCUGCCUUGCCCGUACGAGAGGCUAGCAUUUUUUGGUGCCAGUCGUGGUCGCUGUCACCAGGAUGCUCGGAGCGGGGAGCGGAACCAAAUUAAUACAAGUCGACUGUAUUGAGUUUAGAACAAGUUGGAAAGUUCGAGGUCACAGUUUCACAAACAAUACCGUGUUCACCAAAAACCUCUCGUGAGAGCAUUCUCAAAACCACCUACAAUGGCUGUUGACAAAAAAAAAAAAAAAAAGCAAUGCUGAGAAGUUUGCAUUGAUGUUCGUCCCAUGCCUUCUUCAAUCGUUCCUUCGACAUUUUUUUUUUGUCCCUGUCUAGAUUGAAUUGAGUCCUCCUAUAUUGUGAGGAGGUAUUCUGGACCGUAAAAAACUUACAAAUGGUGACUUCAAAAAAAAAAAAAAAAAGUACUGUUUGCAUUUUAUGCUACAAAAACCUUACUAUUUCUUUAAAAGUGGGUUCGACAUCCUGAAUUUCUCAUAAUGCCGGUUCUGGAGAUAAGACUGCAGCUUUCUCGUUUUGUUUCACCCAGCAAUUUUUGGAGUAUUUUGUUUUCUGUUCUGUUGUAAAGGAGCCGUAGAACAGUCCUGGUCUUUUUUGUGCGGGAAAUUGCUCUUGCACAGUUAGGGUAUAUUUUGAAUGACCUAUAUGAUUGUGUGCUGAGGUAAAACUGAUUUCACCCAGGAUUUGCACGCUUGAAUCAAACUUGGGUCCAAUUUAACCUGGUUUUCAGCCAAAUGUAGCGUUUUUAACAAAAACCCCAUGUAGUAGUAGCAGUUCCCGCUCCAAAUGCUUGUUCAAAAUUUUUUUGUUAGCGAAGUGUGACAGAGCAAGUCUUGCAAUUUUAUGCGGUAGGUACUCACGUUGGAGAAUUAUUUUCUCAAUAAUGAAGAUUUUUAUAUAAAAGAUAAUGAAAAAACUCAUGGUUAUUAUUCUUUCAUUUUGGCCCUUUACUGGCCGGCUCCUUGUACCUUGUGUCGUACAGUGCAGCACGAAAUUGUGUUGUCGAGUCACACUUCCAUUACUUAGUUUACUGGGAAAUUUAUAGUUUACCGGCUCACCCUUCUGGAAAGUUGACGACUUCUGCUUUUACGGAGACUAUCCGGGAAUGCACUCUAGUACAGUGACAUGCAGUGCUUUCGUUCUGAGAUUACUGUAUCUAAUUUUACUCCAAAGAAAUUGGGUCUUUUCACUACUGGAGCCAUCAGUAAUUGCUCACGUUACAAAGGCAGGCCUGCUCAUUUUGCUUUGGAAUGCCUUACUGUCUUCAGGUAUGCUUACUGAUGUCUUUUUGCGCUCACUCUCUUGUAUUGCUUUGUCUUGGAGGAGGUUCUGGAGCGAUUUCCAGAGUUCAUUGUUACGCUUUUGACACACAACCCCCAACAACACAUGAUUCCUAACGAAUCAUCCAGCUUUUGUUGUUUAGCUGGCUUCACUUGCAAAGAAAUACUAUGUCUAGAAGCAGUGGAAAACAUUGGGUGGUAUAUCUAGCUAUAGAGGAAGCCGAUCAGCACCAUUGUUAGUAGAGUAUUGAAAUUCCCUAAUGUCUCUACGUGUAAGCACAUUUUCUGCACGAGAACCUUAACUACCACGUUGAACGAAGCUCCAUCUAUAACCAAGUAUGUAAUUGAAGGAACUCUUUGGAAGUUGCAUUACCUCAUUUGUGAUGGACCGCCGAAAGGGAUCAUAUCCUGUCGCGACUUUCAGUAACCCACCAACCCAUUUGCGAGUCUCUUGGAUCCUCCUGCUUGGACGUGUGUGGGGGUUAUUUAAGAGGUUCGACAACGCUCCACUGUCGGAAAGUUAUGGGUGAACUAAUGGUGUUCUCCACUGUAUCAGGUUCUAGUCCGUUUAAAAAGGAUGGGGAAAAACCGCCAGAUUUUGGGCGAGGCUCACUGUUUGUUGUCACCCUUGUGACAGACUACCGCUACCAGCAACACUUUUUGCUAACGGUUUUUAGCGGCUUUGACUGUGUUGGCACGCAACCUGCCGAACACGUUUCUCGAGGACACCGUUGUGAGUUUAACCUGUCAGCCACUUUAGCCGGUUGGUGCGAGGGCAUUGCCAGAUGUGGUAGGUCUUUUGCGUUUCCUUUGUUCCAGUUUAAGGUGCUUCAAUGACGAGGCUUUAUUGAGAAAACUGACCAGUCAUUGGUUCAGUGGUUCUGUUGUGUCGCUGCAGUUGCACACGCGUUGUGCCUUCGCUUGUGUAAGGCGAGAGCUGAUUGUCAUAGCUGCUAAGUCACCGUUGAUUGUUGUCUGCAUUUUGUUACUUUGGGAGCUGAGGCGGUCAAGGGAGAUUUCUACCAAAGGCCCUCGGAUCCUUAGAGGAGGAAAUUUUAAAUGAUUCGACGGGGGUGGUCUGAUUUGUCCCAUUUAUGCUUCAAACUUCCACUUUUUUUUUUUAUCUUCCUUAAGAAAAAGGACCACAAAAUCGUGAUGUUCUUGUUUGUUUGUUUUUUUCACACUUUGACCAGUGCUCGGAGUAGACGCCUCGUGCUCAAAAAGCGUGGACCAGAAAUUAAUUUCGGUGUCUGCAAAAGUAUGUUUAUCUUCUGUUUCGUAGCCCCUUUGAGUUGCGCCGUUCGAAUUCGGAACUCACCUUGCCCCAGUUUGUCUGGUGCGUGUAUGUGCAUGACCUCGAGUUCCCGAUGCCGGUUCAGUAGUCUUAUUGUCCGACACCGGUGCACACUCGCGAAAGAACGAGCUUUUCGAUAAAAUGUAUCGCCAUUUGUGUGAAUAAAGUUUGUUACCUAUGUUUUG